UAUCGAAUGAGUAAGAAUAGUUUUGAUACACUGCUUCAGACAGUAGGACCGAAUAUAACAAAACAAGAUACGACAUGGAGGAAGUGUAUACCACCUGAGGAGCGCUUAUCAGUGACUUUGAGAUACCUUGCGACUGGAAAUAGCUUUCGCUCAUUACACUACGAAUAUCUACUGGGGGCCACUACAAUCAGAGAAAUUGUGAAGGAUACAUGCGAGCAGUUGUGGCAAUGUCUAAAGCCUAUUCAUAUGGCAGAAAAAACUGAAGAUGAUUGGAAGAUUAUUGCCAAACAGUUUUUAGACAGAACUGACUUUCCAAAUUGCAUUGGUGCUGUGGAUGGGAAACAUGUGAGACUGAAGAAGCCUGCUGACAGUGGCUCAGAGUUUUAUAAUUACAAAAAUUAUUUUUCGACAAUACUUUUGGCCGUAGUGGACGCUGACUAUUGUUUCACUGUGAUAGACGUGGGCUCGUACGGAGCCAAUGGGGAUUCUAAUGUGUUCAAGAAAUCCAACUUCUAUCAAAAACUGAAAUCUAAUCAGUUAAACAUUCCAAAUCCUCAAAAAUUACCACAAGACGAGGAAGGAGAGCCUCAACCUUUUAAUUUUGUAGGAGAUGAAGCAUUUGCACUGUCUAGACAUAUUCUGCGGCCGUACUCGAGGAAAAACCUGACAAUGAAACAGCGUGUUUUUAAUUAUAGACAUUGUCGUGCUCGUAGAAUGGUGGAAUGUACUUUGGGGAUUUUGGCUAACAAAUGGAGAAUAUUUCAUCGACCUAUGGAUGUGGAUGUUGGUUUUUCAGACAUAAUAAUAAAAGCAUGUUGUAUUCUGCAUAAUUUCGUAAGACGAAAUGACGGUGUACGAACUGAGGACGAGUCGUACGAAUGCCUUCUGAAAGCCUGUGAGCCUGUAGGAAUAAGAGCUGAUGCGUGUGGUAUGCAGAUACGGGAUUAUUUUGCAAACUACUUUGUGACUCCACAAGGAUCAGUAUCUUGGCAAUAUGAAAAAAUUUAAAUUGUUGUAACUGUGAUGUCUACAUGAAUGAAUAAAAUAAGUGAACCAUGAAAUACCUUUGUUAGUCUUUUCUGGUCCAGGCAGUUCAGUCCAGUUCCGAAUUAGGCUGCAGCAUACUUCUCCCCAUAGUUUCUCUUUCAAAUUUCGAUCACUGUAUUCUUUUAAUUUCUUGUUGUAGAGAGCUGGUCGCUUUUCUACUUCUGCAAUUAGUCUUUCUGAAUCGACAACACAACCUACAAUG